GUUACCUAAUAUAGAGUUGUAAGUUUGCAAUGUUACACAUAUCACGUUGGUUCCUUGCACACAACUUGACUACAUCCAUCCAUUUGCUAAAAAAAUCAUAAAUACUUAAAUUAGAGUCCAAAAAAUCAAUGGAUUGCAUAUAUCAUGGUACAACAGAAUUUUCAGUUUUUUAAGUUUUAUUUAUUUUUGACAUUUAAUCUACUUUUUAUUCCCCAUAUAUCAUGGUACACUGGAAUUCCAGUUUCAAGGAACGGGACUGCCGGAGACCCAUGAAUUGUGGUAAUUGGUCUGGAUUGUGGUUCGGUGAACCCUGCAUAGCUUAUGACUUGUAUAAGGUUCCUUAAUAUUUUUUUUUUUGGUUACAUAUGUUGGCUAUUUACUGUGAGAGUUUGUAGUUUUGAUUCUGUUUACAAAAAUUAGUUUAUUCUGUCUGAUGGCUGUCUUAUGUCGGCAUCAAAUCUCUUUUUUCGUUUGGCAGGGUACUUUCAUUUAUUUUUUCAGAACCACUUAAGAUAUUAUGUUUGUGUGCCUGCUCUUAUCUUCCAGCCGGAGUCUCUUGAUCUUUCAUUUGGUGCAGCUUUGGCAGUUUUCUUGGCAUUGGAAAUUAUUCGAGUAUGGAGAAUUUGGCGAUUAGGACAAUCUGUACAUAAAUUUAUGAAUGCUUUCACUGAUCAUCGUGACUCAGAUCUUCUUAUUGUCAGCCAACUUCCGCUCUUAUUGGGAUGCGCUCGUCCUAUAUGGAUGUCUUCUGGGUACACUGAUUGAUCCCUUGAUCCUUUUUCUGGAAUUUUGGAUCUCGGAAUUGGAGAUACAAUGGCAUCAGUCGUUUAACUUUUUCUUCUUCAUGGAGAAAACCAUUGAAGGGACUGCGGCUGGUAUAACAUCUGUCUUAGCUGCUUGCUCAGUUCUGCUUCCCCUUCUAGCAUCCACUGGAUAUAUUCUUACAGAGCAUUGGUGCUCUCUUCUCCUAGCCGUGGCCGUAAGUGGUAUGUUGGAGGCUUACACAGCACAACUUGUUAAUGCAUUCGUACCGCUUAUAUUCUACAGCCUUCUGUGUUUGCAAAUGGUGCUCCAACGUCCUGAACGAAAAAUACAUACGCCAGUGAAGAGAGCUUCCCAAAAUCAGCUUCUUUUACGUUCGUGAGCUUCCCAAAAUUACACGGUGAGAAAUUCUGCAAUAUAAAUAUCAUACUAGCUGCGCAAUGUCAAUAUAUACAUGCAUAUAUGUAUCUGGUCGAGGAGUUCAUGGGAUGGGGUUUUGAAGGGAUUGGACAUCUGCCAGUUAUAUGAUCCUUUCUUUUUUGUUUUUUGCUUUUUUUUAGAAAAUGAUGAUAGUGUAUUACACGAGCCGACCUAUGGAUAAAGUUUGGUCGUCGGACUAUAAUAAUAGAAACCUUACUCUCUAAACCCGCACAAAAUGGAAAGAAAGAACCAAGACUCCUAGAUUAGCCAUCAACUAUGCUUCAGAACGAUAAAAAGGACUAACUCCCUGAU